UAGAAGUGUGAGAGAAAAUGUAUGUGACACGACCACUUUCCUUGUACAAAAAGAACCCUGGUGCUCUUUCAGAACCCCCUCCAAAGGGGCCAAAUUCAGGUUAUCUUGUAAUCUUUGAUGAAGAAGCUCAGACAUACUCUUGUUUUGGUUUGUGCAAGGAUGACAGCAUCACUGAUCUUCCUUUCCCUCAGAACAAAAACUUAACCAUCAACUAUGGAAGCGAUGAUGAAGAAUCCUUGUUCGUUCCAGUGUUGAAUCAGCCACUGUCUUCCAACCGCUACUAUGUUAUAAGAAGGAAGGGGAAGCAUCGAGGCCAAGCUAGCACAAGUUCGAAGGAAGAGGACGCGAGCACUUGUUUAUGCUGCACUUUUACUCGAGAUGUUAAACCAAGACCUUUGGAUCCCUUUGAUGAUUAUCAGCAAGUUGAAAUAAUCAAGAAGAGUUAUGGUUUUCAAGCAAAAUCCGCUGCCCCAGAUGGAGUUCCUCCUGGUUUACUGAGGGUCAAAGGUUGGACUGUUAGAUCACACACUCCUAGCAGUUACAUUUUGGAUGAAGCUUUGGGAUUGAAUGAAUCCUUACGUUCAAGGUUACCAGAUUUCAACUUUUCUCUAUACAAUGAUCGUUCUGAUUCAGUGGUUGUUGGAAAGUGGUAUUGCCCUUUUAUGUUUGUGAAGGAAAGAAUGAAAUUAAAGGAUCAGAUGAGAAUGUCAGCGUUCUAUGUUUUGACACUUGAGCAAAGAUGGGAAAAGAUAUUUUCAAAGGAAAAUGGAAACAGUGGAGAAAAUGGUGUGCUUGUAGAUGUUGUAAUUCAAACAGAAGCUGCCAAGGUUGCUGGAAAGGAUGCUGUUUGGGAUGAAAAUGGUGUGGUUGAUGGGGUGUUGUGGUUUAAGAGUUAUGAUGGUGAGGGAGCAGAGACAAGUGUUGGAUUGAGUGUAGAAAUUGUUGAGAGAAUGAAAUGGGAACAAGAAAGAGUUGGAUGGAUUGCAGGGAAUGAAAGACAAGUGAGAGUAGAAAGAGUAGAGGAGUUUGGAGGAACUGACAAGUGGAAGAAUUUUAGCUGCUAUGUGUUGGUGGAAAGUUUUGUAUUGAAGAGAAUGGAUAGAAGAUUGGUGCUUACUUAUGAUUACAAGCACACACAUCAAAUUAGGAGCAAAUGGGAGUGAUCAUUACUUUCUCAAAUCUCUUGCUUAGUUUAUUUUGUUUUUCUUCUUAACUGUAUACCUUAAUGUUUGAUUCUUGUUAUUCUAAAUUAUGUUAUACACUUAUACUUAUACAGCUUAUUUAUGCUAUGCAACUUCUAUUACAGCCAACUCUGUUUUGGCUCUAGUGAGUUUGUAAUGAGAAUAAAAGACAAUAUUUAGAGUUUCCUAG